AUGAAUCGAGGCUACAACAGCCCAGCACAGCAAGGGCCGUCCGGAAUGAACCCUAUGGCGCUAGGAGGCGCGGCGGCAGCAGCAGCAGCGGCGGCGGCGGCCGGUUUGGAGGGCGGAGGCGGAAGCAUGGGGCCCCGCCGAACGCGGAGCCUUGACGUCGCGCAGCUGCAGCUUUUGGGGCCGGGGGCGGCGGCUGCGCUGGCUGCGGUGGAGGAGGCGGAACGGGCGGAAGGGGAAGCGGAAAUGGAAGGCGGAGGGUCGCUUGCGAGGCUUAUGGCGGGGAGAAUGGGGCCGGGUGGUUUGGGCGGAGGAAUGGGCGGAGGGCUGGGCGGGGAUAUCUACGGGGGAAUGGCGGGGGAUGUGUAUGGGGGAAUGGGUGGGGGAAUGGGAGGCGCGAUGGGUGUUGGAGGGGGAGGAAUGGGGAUGAAUGGGGGGAUGGGCGGGAUGUUGGGGGGAGGAUAUGACGAGAGUGGUCUGAUGGGAGGCGCAGAUUAUUCGGCUAUGAUGGAUGGCGGGCAGAUGGGCAUGAUGGGGAGCAACAACAUGGCAGGGGCUAGAGGCCAUGGUGCUGCAGGGCCGACAUUUGCAGACUCUCCUUUCUUUGCGCGCCUCUGUCGCACGCGCGCUUCCCCCUCGCCCCUCUCCCCCCUCGCUCGCCGCCGCACCACAUCCCUCAACGCUGCUCUAGGCUCCCAACUCGCCGCUGCUGCAGUAGCUCACACCGCCGCUGCAGGCGCAGGAGGGGGCGGAGGCGGAGGGGGGGGAUUAGGGCAGACCUGGGGAAUGAUUGCGGAAGGGGAAGGGGGGCUCGAUGGGGGAGCGGACGUCUCUAUGAUCUCUGCGGGUGGUGGGAGUAAGUCGGGUUAUAUGGGCGGGGGUGCGCCUCCCCGCCCUCUCCCCCAGCUCUCCCCCACACGCGCUGCCGCACUUGCCCAUGCCGCCGCCGCUGCUGCAGCAGCUGCUGCUGCAUCAGGAACAGGAGCAGGAGGAGGGAUGGGGGGAGGGGGCAUGGGAGGCAUGGGGGGCAUGGGAGGGGGUGGGAUUCCAGGUUAUAAUCUAAGUGUGCUGGGAAUGAAUGCGCGUGACUUGGCCAACACGCUAGCGCGCACGUCCAGCGCGCCUCCCUUGGGCAAUCUCACAGAGCUGGAGCAGAUGUGCCUAGCAGUAGAAUCAUCCGCGCAAGGAAACCCUAAUGCUGCUGCAGCUGCCCUUGCUGCAGCCGGUGCUGCCAGCAUGGGCAGCACCUCUGCUGCUGCUGCUGCUGCUGCUGCUGCCGCCGCCGCUGUUGCUGCUGCUGGUGGUGGGGGAGGAGGAGGGGGAGGGUGGCCUCCCCCAACCCCGCCUGGAGGCGGGUCGGGGGGUCUUUCCGCUGCUGCUACGUCUGCAGCCAUCGCAGCACUUGCAGGGGGUAAGGGCGCAGCGCAGCACCUGCAGGGCUACCCGCAAUGGGGCGUGGGGGGCGGGUCAGGCGGAAUGGCGGGGUUGGCGGGGGGCGGGGGGGGGGCGCAUGGGGCUAGGCGCGCAGGCGGGGGCGGAGGGGGAGGGGCUAGUGCAACGAGUGGGGGGCAGUCGAGCAGCGGGGCAAGCUCGUUAGUGAGCAUGGGGGAGGAGAACAGCGCUGGGGCGCAGCUGGAUCCGCAUCAGCAGCAGCAGAGAAAAAAGGUUGGGGGGCGAGCGCUGCAGCACAACCAGCUGUCGAGAACCAGUAGCUGCCCGCCCUUGAAACAAGGACUUGCUGCUGCCAUGGCUGAGAUGCCUCCGGGGGAGGCGGACAUGCUACAGGCGCUGCUCAACCGCAAGAGGCGCCGCCUGCCCGCCACUGCAUCGGAUGUCAUGGCGCACAUGGGGCAGGGGGGCAAGAUUCCUGGAAACCCCACUUCAGGGGAGGGAGACGCCGGGGGGAAGGAGGUAGAAAUGGCUGAAGGGGAGCAAGGGGGUAGGGAAGCUAUAUUACGGGGACAGGGGAGUCUCAGUGCAGGGGCGAAAAUGCACAUGGGGGGCGGGCGCAGUGGGGGUGCGGGGAAGGCUGGGGGAGGAGAGGGAUGGGGUGACGAUGGGUGGGGAGAGGAGAGGGAGGUGGUGCAUGUGCGGGCGAGGAGAGGGCAAGCAACGGACAGCCACAGUAUUGCGGAGAGGAUGCGGAGGGAGAAGAUCAGUGAUCGCAUGAAGGUGCUGCAGGCGCUCGUUCCCAGCUGUGCCAAGGUGACAGGCAAGGCAGUGAUGCUGGACGAGAUCAUUAACUACGUGCGCUCGCUGCAGCUGCAGGUCGAGCUGCUGUCCAGCAAGCUAGCAGCCAUGGACUAUGGCAACCUCGCUUCGCUUGCCGACCCCUCUGCAUUUGAGGACAUGGAUGACGACGAAGCUGAGGCGGCAGCAGCGGCGGCAGCAGCCACCGCCAUUGCAGCAGCAACGCUAGCCGCAGGAGGAGGACCCGGCAUGGCGGCACGGGGAGCAGGAGGCAUGCGGCUGGAAGGACAUCGGGGGAGCGGUGACAUGUCCAGUGCAGGGGGAAAUGGGUCCGGGUGGAAUGAUGAAGGACUGCUGAAAGCAGGGAUGGGGGAAGGAGCGGCAGGAGGGGUGGGAGCAGAUGGGAGUGACGCAGGAGCAGGGAAGGAUGGUUCUACCAGUAACCAUGACUUGCUGGCGCAGUAUUUCCGGCAGCAGGGGCCCAAGGACGGGCACACGGGGAGUGGCUUGAGCGGUGGUGCUGCUCGUUCCGCCAGCAGCCAGGGGGGAGAGGGCAGGGCGGAAGGCGGGGGAGCAGUGGCAGGAAGCAAUGUGAAGGAGGAGGUGGUUCCGGAAGGGGGUUCAGUGCAUGUGGAUGGGGGGGGGUUGAGGGGAGGAGUGGAGGGAGGGGAGGGGCAGGAGGUGAUUGGCCCGCUGGGCGCGUCGCAAUUUGAAGGGCUGGAUGAAGACGGGGAGAUGUUAAUGGAUAUGCUCUUAGCGAGGAUGAGUGGUGGGCUGCAGGACCUGUCUCUGCAGGCCUCUCUGUCCAACUCCCUGGCUGCUGCUGCUGCUGCUGCCACUGCCUCUGGGGCGCUUCAGUUAAUUGAAGAGGACUACCACACCCAUAACUGCUCCACCCACCACUGCAAGAAAGAAACCCCAGAAUUGAUUGGCUGUGCCGAGCCUUAUGAUAUUGCCGGAGCAUGGGAGCAACCUGCUGUGCUGCACUGUUGGGGAAGCGUUGUGUGGGUGGGUGGGACUUGCGAGGCCGCAUCCUCCGUCGCUACGUCUCCAUCAGUCGCGCCCGGCUCGUCCGCGCCGACUGUGGCGGAUCGCGCUGUGCGCUUCACCGCGAUCGACGCGGACGGGCACCGCCACGCGGUGACGGGGCUGGCGGGGCGCACGCUGCUGUCUGCGCUGAUCCGCUCCAAGGUUGAAACCGUGGAGCGGCAUCAGCUGGAGGAGCUGGAUUCGUGCAACGGCAACUGCCAAGUGUCGAUAGCGCAGGAGUGGCUGGACAAGCUGCCACCGCGGUCGCAGGCAGAGGAGGAUCGGCUGCGGCAGGUGUCAACCGAUGGGCAGGUGACGCGCAGCAGUAGGCUCGGGUGCCAGGUGCACCUGAACAAGGACCUGGAGGGCAUGACUGUGGCCAUGGCUGAGGAGCGCCCCUGCAUAAAGGUGGGCGAUCUGGUCGUCCUUGCGACGCCUGAUGGACGCCUGUAUCGCAUGCGUCCCUCGGCGAACGGUCGAGAGACUUUGUUUUCCUCCGAUGAUGCUCCACACGCCGACAGUUCGUACCCGCCUGAAGCCAUGCUGGUGGUCCUUCAGUCCGAUUGCAAGCGCUACUUCGGCUUCCGCUCCGUGGCUGCGGAAGGCAAGAUCAUGCAGGCGGGUAAGGACCUCAAGAUGCGAGCAGGGAACUACAAUUUCAAGACGUGGGAGCACUGGCAGGUGGAGCCGUCUCAGGUGUCCCGCUCCGUGCAGGCGUCACCAGCCAAGGCUGCUUCUGGGGCGGCGGCGGCGCCGCCGCCCACUCCGCUCUUCUCGCUCACCAACCGUCAGUUCCCCUUGGUGCGCCUGAAUAUGCGGAUAGAGCGCGCGGUUGCGUUACCCGAGUCCAGCGCCAAGCGCUUGGCGCUCAUGGAGUUCGCGGGCGCCUCCGCCUUUGACGCGCAACCAGAAUUCCCCGCCACCCCCGGCGGCGGAACCGGCGGGGGGAAGGGCGAGCAGGAGGAGGAGGUCAAGGGGGUGGUUGCUGCGGAAUCGGGAGAUGCAAUUGCGCGCGCGUUGGCGGAAGAUGACGCCGUGCGCGCUAAGGAGGAGCUGGCGGCGCUGCGGGAGGAGAACCGCCUGCUCAUGGAGCGCGCGGUGGAGGCGGAAAAAGCAGCGGAAUCCGCCAAGUUCAGCGCGGAUGUCGCCAUGAAGCUCGCGCAGGAGUGCGCGGAAGGCCGCGCGAGCGGGCUGGUGGGCGGAGAAGCAACCGCCGCCUCCGGCGCGGGCGCAGCCACCGCGGACGCCGCCUCGAGCGAGAUGAAAACCGCUUCCGCUGACCUGCCGGGGCUGGGGGGAAUGGGCGGAAAGGUGUUUGAGCGGAAGCUAGCGAAGAAGCUCCCCGCGUCAUAUGUGCCGGGCGUUGGGGAAAGCGAGGAGCCGAGCGGGCGGAUGGGGUCGGGCAUGUGGGCGGAUCUUGUGGAGACGGAAACGCGGCUUUCCGCGGAGGCGGAAGCCGCCGCGCAGAAGAUGGCGGAGGAGCAAUUGGCUGCGCUGCGCGCGGAGCUAGAGGGGAAGAUUGAUGCGCUCCAGCGGGAGCUGGAGGAGGAGAGGGUGCGGGCGGACGCGCGCGUGGCGGCGGCGAUGGGGGCCGCAUCGGGGCCCGCUGGGAUGAAGCUUAGAAAGGCGGCUGCCGCCGCUGCCGCGGGUAAUGGAGUGAGCGGUGAGGGCCAGGGGACGUCGGCGCUGGUUUCCGCGAGCUCGUGGGGUGAAGGUGGGGGAGAGUGGGUGGGCGGGGAGGGCGAGGGGACUGCGGCGGUGACUGCUGCAGAGUCGCUGCAGGGAGCGCGGGAGAAGCAGGAGGAGGAGAGGAGGAAGGAGGAUGAGACGAAGAAAGCGAGGAUUGCGGAGUUGGAGGAGGAGGUGGGGCGGCUGUCGGGUGAGGCUGUCGCGCUGAGGGAGGAAGCGGAGCGAUUGAAGGGUGAGGAGAAGAAACUCAUUGAGGAAGGUGAGAGACUGAGGGCUGAGGAGAAGAAACUGAGGGGUGAAGAGAAGAAGCUGAAGGAGGAGGGAGAGAAGCUGAGGGGCGAAUUGGCAGCACUGACGUCGCGUGAGGUGGAGUGGAAGAAAGCGGAGUCCAAGUGGAAGCAAGUGGAAGAGGAGGGGAAGAAGAGUCAGCAACAGGCGGCAGCUGUUGAGGAGCAGCUGCAGCGCGUGCAAGCCGAUCUGGACGCUGCCCGGCAAGAGAAGGCCGCACUGACGACGCGUGAGGUGGAGUGGAAGAAAGCGGAGUCCAAGUGGAAGCAAGUGGAAGAGGAGGGGAAGAAGAGUCAGCAACAGGCGGCAGCUGUUGAGGAGCAGCUGCAGCGCGUGCAAGCCGAUCUGGACGCUGCCCGGCAAGAGAAGGCCGCAGCUGAGAGCAAAUGGGCAGAGGAGGCGAGCGAAAAAGACAAGGCAGCGAGCAAGGACGCGGAGAGCAGCAGGAGGAGAAUCGCGGGGCUGGAGGAGGAAGUUGCGCGGCUGCAGGCGGAGGCGGAGGCGCUCAAGCGGCGCGCGGAGGAGAUGGAGCAGCGGGAGCUGAGAUGGCGCGAGGAGGAGCAGCAGCGGCUGCAUGAGGCGCAGAAGGGAUCCGAAGCCGAGGAGAGGGUGAAGGCGCUGGAGUGUAGACGUCAGGAGCUGGAGAGCCAGUGCGUGCGGCAGGGGCAUGAGCUCGCGGAGGUGCAGGCCCGGGCGGCGCAGCUGGCGGAGGCCCUGGAGCAGCAGCGGAUGCACGCAAUGGAGAGCGAGAGCAGGGCGGAAGCCGCCGCGCGGAGCCUGGAGGAGGCGGAAGGGAAGGCGGCGCUGGCGCAGCAGCAGGUUGAGGGGCUGAGCGCGCAGGUGGCGGGGCGGGGGGAGGAGGUGGGACGGCUGGAGGCGUGGCUGGGGGAACUGAAGGGACUGCUGGAGCAGCGGGAGAGGGAAAACGCGGUGCUGGUGGCUCAGGUGGAGGCGGGGGAUGCGGAGAAGGGGCAGCUGCGCGCGCAGUUGUCAGCCAAGGAGCAGCUGCUGGCGUCCGUGCAGAAGGAGCUCACCGGAGCAAAGGCGCAGCUAGCCACUGCUGAGCAGGAGGCAGCCAAGAUCCACGCUCUGGAGGCGGAGCUUGCUCGCCUCCGCUCCCUCAAUUCGUCCCUCCAGAAGGACCUGAAGCAGUUGCGUGCAUCUGCUUCCAAGCAGUCUCAGCCUGCACCAGGGGCAGCAGAGGCGGCACCUGGCAAGGCAGACACGGAGGACGGAGAUAAGGGUUCAGCAGGGGAGCCUGCUGGUGUGACAGCAGCAGGAGAUGCAGGGGAGGAGCAGAAGCGGGCAAAGUCUGGGCGGCGCAAGUCGGCCACCAAAGCCCUGCCGUCGUCCAACGGCGCCUCAGCUGCUGCUGACAUUGCCGCUGCAACUGCUGCUGCGGAUGCAGUCACAGCAGCCGCAGAAGCAACGGCUGCUGCAACUGGGACUCUGUCAGAGAAUGCUGCUGCUGCUGCUGCUGCUGCCCCUGCUCCCCCUUCCAAGCCUGAAGUGACGGUACCCUCGGACCAGAAGCAGGGGGUUGAAAAUGGUGUGUUGCCUUCUCCUUCUCCUGCCGUCGCUGCGUCGGUCACUACCCCGACUGCUUCGUCUGCUGCUGGGAGAAAUGGCCGGUUGACGAAGCGAGGGGGGGCAUUGCGUCGCAGCUCCAGUGUGGACGCAGGCAAGCAAGGCAAGAAGGGCCAGGGCGCGGGAUCGUUAGCGCGGAAGGGUAUUUCAGGAGUGGAUGCAGAUGCCAUUGCUCAGAUUGAAGCGAUGAUUAUGGAUGACUCGGUUACUGCCAAGGAAAUGGCUGGGCAGCUGAACUCGCAGAGGCUGACGGGUCUGUCCUCGGCGCUGAUCAACGCCCUGCCCUUGCCGGCGAGCCUGAAGCGCGAGGAGAGGACAGCGCAGCUUGUGAAGUUGAUUGCUGCAUUUCUCAUGCUGGUUGUCAUGGUGCUGCUGGCACUGUGGGCUGUUGGGGUUUUGAUUCGUUGA